GGAUGAGAGAGCAGAGGAGACCCGCCCGCCGCUGGUGUCAGAAGCAGCAGUGGAGGAGCAUUCUCUUUGCCCCGCUGCCCUCUCCCUCCCUCCUGAUCCUUCCCCCCCUCUCCCCCCCGCAGCAGCCUCCCCCACCAGUAGCUCCCCCCCCCCCUCCAGUUCCUCCUCAGUGACUGAAGCAGCGCUGAGACACAUCUCCGAGGGGGAGUUGCUGCUCAGCCCCAACAACAGGACAGAGGCCGUCCUCAGCCUCGGCAGCUCUCUGACGGAGAUGGACUCUGACCCCUCCAGUGACGGUCAGGUCAGAGGUCAGGACCUCCUGAUGACCCUGCUGAGCAACACACUCGUUGAGGAGGAGGAGGAGGAGGAGGAGGAGGAGGAGGAGGUGAGUAUGGGGGAGGUGAGAGACCUCCAGUCUACAAAACCUCCCAGAACUACAAAUCCCAGCAGCAAUAGUGCAGCCCAGGGGGGUGAAAUCUCACCUGGAGAGCUGAGUGCAGGGGUGUCAGAGGUUGACCUCGAAUUGACCAAUCAGGGCUCAGUGGCCCCCGGAGACCUGACACAGGAGCCAAUCAGCACGCCGACCUCUGACCUGCAUAGACACCUGUCACUGACCCCUCCCUCUGCAGCCAAUCAGCAGCGAGGAGGAGGAGUCAUGAGGCUGGAUGUUCACCUGCCCUGCAGCUCACCUGAGGAGGAGGUGAUGGAGUUCCAACCUUUCUGUCAUCCUCGCUCAUAACCAGCACCAUCAGAGCCCAGAGUCUCUAGAGUCUGUAGUCCUGAACACAGAUCUGUAGUUCCCCACAGCAGACGCUCAUUGAUGACAUCAUAAACACGUGGGAUAGUGUCUGUGAGUCUGAUUCUCUCUUCUCCUUCUUCUGAAUUCUCCUAUCCGCUAUUCCUUAACCCCUGACCUUUCACACGGGUCCAGGACUAGGACGAGAGGAGCUGAUUUGUGUACAAUUUGACCGCAACCCCACACACACACACACACACACACACACACACUCACAGUCAGGUCAUGCAGCGUUGCCCUGACAACAGCUCCAUUAGUCAUGGCUCCGCCCUUUACAACCUACUUCCUGCCAUUCUUCAUCGACUUCCUCCAGGAAGCAUCUGUGUUGCCGUGACAACAAUCAUCCUCCCCAGAGUGAGUGUGUGUGUGUGUGUUCAGUAGCAGCUCCAUUCAGCACACCCUCUUCCUGUCAGAUCAAAACAAACUGAAUUUGUGGAAUCUGCCCCCUCCCCCCUCUAACUUCACAGUCUUGAUGUUCAGUGUUGUUAGACAGGUGACCUCACCACCUGUACCUCCAGCUCU